UCUGAACGUUCAGUUGCCUACCAGUCGUCCACUCUCGCUGUCGUGUGUUCUCGAUCGCGACAAAUCGAUACCGAGUUAAGUUAAUGCCUUUGGAUCUCCGGGGGGAAUCGGCGGUGUACCUCUGCGGCUUUGUCGGAAAAUCCCAGCGCGCGUCGCUUGUGAAGCGCAAGAUCGGUGGCAGAUUGCUAUAAGCCCAUAAAAGCGCAGGCAUCUCGCGAUUUUCGUCACUACCCGUCAGCGCACAGAACCGAAAAGUUCAAGAGCAAGCGGUCUUCGCAAAAUUGGAUUACCAACUUGGACAAUCGAAAUCAGCGCCCGGCCAAAAACGGUUCCACUAAAAAGCGGCGAGAGCGAAACUAAAGUGAAAAGCAAACCGACUAAUUGAAGUGUCUGUCUGUCGGUGACUCGAAAGCGUGCAAAGGAAACAAACAAAGCGGAAUAGACAACAUAUCACAAAGAGCCACAAAAUAUUUAUAAAUAAAUACCCGCCGACGACAACUACGGCAACAGUAACCGCUACCAAUAUCAAAGCCCGGCAUUAACAUUUAGUCGUGCCAGUUUGUUUAUUUUAUAUAUACGCAGAGCCCAUAAAAAAAGAUCAACAACAACAACAACAACGGUGUCGGUAUAAAAAAAAACGGUAGCAAUAAGAAAAUUGGUAUAAGCCACCGCCGAUCCGCCGAUCUCCUUCUGCUGUAUAAUAAUCCCAGACGCAGACGGUCGCCGUCCACAGUAUAGAUUAAUAUAGUUAUAUACCCACCUGAUCCCCCCGAUUUCAAUCAUGAUGGCGCCCGUGUGGACAUUACUUCUAAAAAUCCUGGUCCUGCUCUUCGUCGUAUUUACCACGAUAUUUUGUAUCAGUAGCGAAAUUUCGAAGCGACUCGAGGCCGAGCAUGAAGCAAAGAAGCUGAUGGAUUUGUUGUGCACCAGGAUUUCUAAGCCUUCCAACAAUUCCGACGAACACAUUAUAAAGCUGUGUGCCGAUUACAAGGCCAAGGAUGUAGAGGAAUUACUUCAUUCGGUUUUUGUAGUUAACGAUAAACCGGGUCUUAUACUCUUUAAUAAUACAACGACCGCGGACAGUGCACCCCUCAUGCCCAUAACGACCAUGCACGAUGACGCGUACCAGAAUCAGAAUCAGUCACCGAUUCCCCAACCGAACAGCCAUUAUCAUCAGUAUCACAGCCUGAACCAGCCGGAUCAGUCCUUCAAAGUGCAGCGCUCCCCGGACGGCAAGCUGAAUCUGGUCUUUAACGAAACGUUCCUCUCGUUGCAGGGCACUAAUUCUGAGGUGCAAUCGGACCAGCCGGCACGCCAACACCGCCCCUUUGACUCCUUUGUCUUCCCCGAUUCCGUAGCCAAGAUCAGUGUGACUCAACGCCACCAGCCUUGCGGAAACAGCAGCAACCAGGCCUCCAAGUCGUUCUGCAUCCAUGUGGACGACUAUCCGGACCUUUCUAGCCUGAAGCACAAGCUGGAGAAAAACUUCUCCAAGUUCUUCAGCGACGAGCUGCAGCCCACUGACGUGAGUGCCCGCGUGGGCUCCGACGAUCUGACGUACCUCUGCAACAGCAACCGCAGAUACAUGUAUCCGAAGAAGGGUCUGAAGUCGGACAACACCUGGCAGUUGAUCGUCAAUAACGAGGAGUACAAGCAGGCUAUUCAGAUCGAGGAGUGCGAAGGAGCCGGGGAGCCCUGCCAGUUUACCUCCAACUUUCCGCAAAGUUACAAGCCCACUUGCACGCAGCACUACGUCCUUCGAAACCUGGCCAGCAUCAAAAACGACGGCAAUCUAGACGUGGUGCAGGAGACCUUCCAGAUUCCCUCCUGCUGCAAAUGUGGCCUGAAGACACACUGAAACUCCAGUCGAUGGCUGCGAAAAUGUGAUUAUGAGCAUAGAGUUUCACCCACCACAGGAUGGCAGGCCAAACUGUCCAGGGGUCGUUGUUUUAUUUUAUAAUCUGUACGAAAGAGGUCCAACUCCUGUGCACAAAAAAAAUCCCACUUGUAAUCUGCCCUCGAGCGCAGAAACCACACUUAGACUAAUGCGCAUAUUAAUUUAGAAUUUUAAAUCGAGUCAUCGUAAACAUAUUCGUGUCAUAUAAACGUUUUUGGCUUCCUCGUCUAAUGUCUAAGCUAGAAGUGCAUGCAAUUAUAAUUAGAAUACAAAAAAAAAAAGAAAAAUGUGAAAACUGUAUGGUAAAAAAAAAGAUAUGUAUAAUAAAUGUAUGCAAGUACAUGCCAGCAAA